AGCUGCAUGACUUCAUGGUAUCAUUGAUGAGGGUCACGAUUGGGCCUGCUUUGGUCCUCCCCUUAUACACUGACAUGCGCACCCGCCUCCUCGACGAGAUUUAUCAUGAGAUARCAGAGAGGGUCGCUCCGAAGAAGGCAAAGUGGAAGUUGACAGGGUGCACGAUGAUGACGGACGGGGCAACGACAAGGUCGAACAAGCCUAUCGUCAACUUCAUCGCAGCAGGCGAGGACGGACCCGUGUUGAUCAGUACCGUUGACAUGUCGRAGAGGGACAAGACUGGAGUGGCACUGGCAGAGUUGUGGGAGGAGGUCAUCCGCRAUAUUAACGUUAAGCAUGUGAAUGCUUAUUGCACUGACAACGCUUAUGCAAAUAAGGUGGCUGCACAGCGGUUGCAAGACCAUCCGGACAGAGUCAUAUCCCGGAUCCCUUGGCUCCCCAGUGCAGCUCAUUGCUUGAGUCUUCUCYUGCGCGACAUCACGCGUUUCUCGUGGGUGUGGCCGAUCUUGAAUAACACACGCAAGGUURUGAUGUUCUUCAAGAACAUUCACAAGGCCCUCUCGUAUCAUCGGUCCUUCAAGGAGCAGGGACAGCUGGAGYUGAUCCGGCCAUGUGACACACGGUUCRGGUCAGCAUAUCAGAUGGUAGAGCGACUUACCGAUCAUGAGAGGGUAUUGCAGAUGGUCGYCGUGGGCAGUGURAGAUGGCGGAGCACCCUCUGGAGGGGGAAGGCGGGGCAGGAUGAGCGCCCUGUUCGACAGCUUCUGUUGUCGGCGUCAUUUUGGGAUUGUGCGCACCGCGUGSARGAGGUCAUGAGGCCAGCUUAUAGCCUGUUGCGUUCCAUGGACAGAGACGGUUCCUCCCCCMCCACCCUUUGGGCGUUUGUUGACAGUAUUGCAACRCGUGUGCGCGACAUGGGCCUACCACAGGCAGACGAGGCAGAGAUUAUGGAGAGGGUUGACUACCGUUGCGGCAUGAUGCGCCAGCCGGCGCAUGCGCUCGCAUACCUUGUUGACCCGCGACGGCGUGAUGUGAGUCUCCUCGCUGACACUGACAGCGCAUUGGUGCAGAGUGCACUACACCAUUUGGCUACGUACGCGGAUGGUGGAGAGGGGUCCGAGGAGCAUACUACGAUGUGGUACGGCUUGUACUUGUUCCAACAUGAUGAUCCCCAUGCAGACCCUAGGCCCAAAUGGUGGACAGACCCCGUUGCUAUCGCGCAGACGAAGCACGGGGUGCACCCCGCGUGGUGGUGGUAUUUGCAUGGUGGCGACUUCCCGCGGCUGCAGGAAGUCGCCAUCAAGCUUCUGCGAGCGAGGUCGACUUCCCGGAAGGGGUAUGUGGAUGUUUGGGAGGAUUUGGUGGAGGAGCCGCCGAAGCCAGUGGUUAGCGAUCCUUCAGAGGAGGUGUACGCCGAGGGCAUGACGAUCCCUGAGGAGGUGGAGGCAGACUUGCGCAGCCGGCGCAAGGAGGGGGGUGAUCGUGCCAGUGCGCGCCUGUUGCAGGCGCGAGAUGAUGACGAUGUGGAGGCUGAGGAUGCCAUUUACGAGGCGGAUGACGUGUGGGCGGGGAAGGACAUGAUUGAGGAGAUUGCAGCCGCGGGGAAGGGGAAGGAGAAGGUGCACGAUGACCCACUCGUGUCUCGUGUUUGGGACAGGUGGGGGAGCCUUGAGGCUGUGGAGGACCUCGACGGGUUCCUGCACGGCUCAAGACACACCCUUCAUAUCAUGCAGGACAUUGAGGAGUGUCGCAGGCCGGAGGGGGGGAGCGGACGGGUUGAUGAGGGUCAUCAUGUGAACGCAGGGCCUCUUGAUGAUGGGGCAGGCGGACGGCCUUCAGAGGGACCUAUCCCAGGGAGUGUAGUAGAGGAGCAACGUCCCGAUGUUGGGGAGUUGGAGGCAUCUCGUGGCAAGGAGGACCUGUGUCCCGAUGUGGAGGAGCAGGAGGCAGCUGCCAUGGAGGCAACUCCCGACAUGGAGGAGGAGGAGGCAGCUGCCAUGAGCCAUGGGCAGCCGUGUCUCAGUCGGGAGGAGAUGGGGACAGGUCACACCGAGCAUGCCUCCCCCGCACCCACCAUCUCCAAGGUGGCCCCUGAUGAUAGCGAUGAUGAUGGUGAUGUCGAUAACGAUGAUAGCGAUGAUGAUGGUGAUGUCGAUAAUGAUGAUGAUGAUGAUGAUGAUGAAGAUGAUGAUGAAGAUGAUGAUGAAGAUGAUGAUGAUGACGCCCUGAUGAUGAUCAUCAUCAUAAUGAUGAUGAUGAUGGUGAUGUCAGUCUUGGGUGACCCACCACCGAAAUGGAAGGUAGACGAGGCGGGGGGAGAUGACAAAGAGGGUAGAGAAGAGGAAAAAGAGAAAGAAAAGGAAGAAGAAGAAAAAGAAGAAGUAGAAGAAGGGGAGGAAGAAGAAGCAGUAGAGGAAGAAUCAGUAGAGGAGAGGUUAGAUGACUUGGGGGAUAACGUAGAAGAUGUCAGUGGGGAAGGUGGUGGCGAUGGUGAUGGGGAAGAUGAUGAUCGUGGUGGGGAUGCCGGUGGCGAUGGUAGUGGGGAUACCGGUGGUGGUGGCGAAAGGGGAGGAGGUGGUAAUGGUGAUGGUGGUGGUGGAGGAGGAGGAGGUGGUGAUGAUGGUGUUGGAGGAGCAGGAGGUGGUAAUGGUGGUGGUGGUGGCAGUGGCAGUGAUGAAGGAGAAACCCUUUCGGUGGUGAUAGCCGCAUCGGCUGAUGAGCUGGGGCAUUGGAGGAAGCACUGGAAUAACGUAUGACGGGGAAUGUCCAAGCCUCGGCAUUAUCAAAUACACCUAUGCGAAGCGAGCCGUC